AUGGAAAGGAAAAGUAACAAGCCGCUCAAGUGGCUGGUGUUUUGGUACGACGAUCGGAUCAAUGAAGAAUUCAAAGCAGCCGCUGUGAACAUGAGCGCCAAAUUGAUGCCCGACGGGAAGCGAUGGGAAGUGCGAUCGUCGUUGACGUUCACGCCGACACGCGAUCACGACGGCCAAAAUCUCACAUGCUCAGUCAUGAAUUCUGCAGCUGCUGGCAACCCGCUCAAAACGUCCAUCACGCUCAACGUGAAAUAUGCUCCGAGUAUAACGCUGAAAACGAUCCCGGAGAAGAUCAGCGAAUCCGACGACGUCAUUCUCAACUGCUCGGCUGUUGCGAACCCACCUGACAUCCGUUUUCAGUGGAUUUUCGACGGAGAAAGGAUCCUGGAGACCAGCAAGCAAUUAGAAAUUUUGUCGGUGAACAGACGGAAAGCCGGAAGUUACUUUUGCAACGUAUCCGUCUCCGGGUUCCCACCUGUGUCAAAGGAAUACUCGGUCGUCAUUCAGGGUCGACCUCGGAUAGAAUCACCCGUAACCCAGUACGGGAAAGUGGGCGAGGUCGUGUUUGUUGUGUGCCACGGGUUUGCAGCUCCGUCCUUGACUGCUGUCGAAUGGUUCUUCCGCGGAGAAAAACUGCAAAUCUCAGGUGAUCCACACUUCGACGUUUACGACAACAAGACAGACGCGGAGUUUUGGAGCACUUUGCAAAUAUUUGGCGCGUCUUCCACAGACUUUGGGGAAUACAACUGCUCCGUUGUCAACGACAUCGGCGGGGAUUCGAGGCUCAUUCUGCUGAAACCCCAGCGGAGCUUGCCUCUGCCGACAAUUUUGGCAGCAGUUGGAGGAGUGAUUGCGGUGAUCGGCUUCACAAUAGCAAUAGUUGUCGCGUGUCAACGGAGCAAAAGUCCGACAAAACCUUUUGAUGAUUACGGUGGGACAACUGACGAAAGCAGGUCAGACUUGUAUGGAAGGAAGGUGAAUCACCCAGUUAUGACAGCUGGUACAAGAUCAUCAGUGUCUACACCCGAGGAUGACGACACCGAUGAGACAGGAGAGAAGCGGUAUUUCCACCAGCAACGUGGAACCACAGACGGUGGCUCCACCUGGGACCAGGAAACCUCGCUUUACGACACUGCUCACUCCAACUCCACUGUCCAUGAUGGCGGUGAUAACAUGAUGACCAGCAAUUACUACUACAAAGAAGAACCUCAACUGGGGCCAACAGUGAAUGAUCCUCGUUACUGCGCUCUCUAUGGCAAUCCGUACCUCAGCCAGUACGCUGCGCCGCUAAAUGGAAACCUAGGUGUCGCCGCUAGUCAAACCCCGCCGCCACCAGACCUCAUUCGUCGCCCAAAGGACUACAUCACUGUGCCGGUGACGAUGCAGUCGACUGGGCGUCCGUUUUUCCCCCGCGGAGGAGGUGGUGGCGGCGUCCAAGGCACUGCCAUCUAG